CUGUGUUGCCAGGUAGGCUCAGGCUCGCUGCGGCCCUGCUCAGGACAAGCGGUGGUAGACAUUAGUUGGUUGUCCAUGUCUGACUUGGCCAGUGCAACGAUCUAAAAGUAAUAAUACCAUAGCAUUUGCAUGAAUAGUUGUCCUCUCACAUAUGAACCAGUUGGUUUAUAAUGAUGGAGCGUUCUGAUGCCAGACUCCACAUUUUUAUGCACUGCUGCAUCAAACAUUCAGUGUGUGAAAAGCAGAAACCGUUCUUACUAUGGUAAUUACCAAAGGAACUGGGAGUGUAGUGGUUAGAGCUCCUGACUUUGGACCCACAGAGUCAAAUCACCUCUCCAGCUAUAGUACCCUUGAGCAAGGUAUUUACCCUAAAUCGUUCCAGUAAAAUUAUCAAGCUGUACGAAUGGGUAAGAAAUUGCAAAUCACUGGAGAAAAGGAAUGAACGAACAUGUAGAAAAAGAGAACUUGGCUCGAAUGCAGUACACGUAUAGCGCCGCUAGGAAGCGCUGCAGCGCAGAGCCCGACGGCUCGCGGGAGGCUGGAGGAGGACGCCGUUUCCAUGGCAAACAAACAUGGCGGCCUCCGGAAAAAAUGAAACUGUAUCCUUUUUGUGUCUAUAUAUAUGUCACUGAUAUGUACUGGGCACCACGGUAUUACUCUGCCAGCUCCUCAACUGUGCGCCAGCUGUCCUCUGUACCCCUGCAGGUCCUCCUGACCCUCAAUGGCUGGUACUUUGGUGGCUUCUUCAUCGCAGAGCUCCUCAUGUUUGUCUACAAAGGGGUUCUGCUGCCAUACCCACCCGGUAAUCUCGUCCUGGACUUAAUGCUGCUCUUCCUCUUCCUCGGCUUAGAGAUCCUCCGAAUUUUUUACGGCUCCAAGGGUAACCUGUGUGAGCAGACCCUGGCCACGGUGCUCAGCGUGGGCAUCCUGGUCCCCUGCGCCGUGCUCAGCGUCUACUUCCUGCUGCUGCAGACCUUUGUGCUGCGUCUCGAGGUCAUCGUCAACGCCCUGCUGCUCUGCUUUUACGGCUUCGAGCUGCUGCUGUGCCUCACCGGCCUCAUCGCCUUCUCCAGGGGGUAGGAGUGCAGGACGAGUGCGAUGGAGUUCCCCAAAGGCCCGCCUGGUGUCCUGCUCAUUUCCGGCAGAGACGGAGUGUCACGCGCCACCCCACCCCACGUCCUGAUGGAGCUGCUCCUUCUACCCGCCGUGAGGCUGAAACACUCCAGGAUGAACCGAGUGGCUGCGGAGGGCAGCUGUUAUGAUCAACUUGUGAUCAGUUCUGAUACCGGAUCUAUUUGAAGCACAC